CACUCCGUGAAUUGAUAACCAUUAUCUGGCAGCUCUGCGUAGGAGAAAAUUUUGUAGUACGCAAGAAUAAUAUAUAUAGCAAUAAAUGCAAUAAAAGGCUGUUGCAGCGGAGGAAAAGCAUUUAGAACGGCCAACGUACAUGGCGCAGUACCAACAACCGAGGCAGUGAAUCUCUGGCAGCAGCAGGCCGACGUGGAAACCCGUAACCAAAAGCGUGCAACUGUAAUUUCCAUCCGAACACACACACGCGCACGCACACACCCGUCCCCCAUCGAUGAAAUAACAUACAUAACGUAUACCGAAAAUACAUAAGCUCGCGCUGGAAUUACGGCGGAAUCAACAGAAACAGCAGUAGCACCAACAGCGAAAUCAGUAACAGCAACAGUACCAGAUAAGCUCCAUUCGGGAUGUCGGAUAUUAUGAACAUUGACAGCAUUAUCUCGCGUCUGCUGGAAGUGCGCGGAGCACGUCCGGGGAAAAAUGUGCAAUUGUCAGAAAGCGAGAUUCGCAGCCUGUGCCUAAAGUCCCGCGAAAUAUUCCUGUCGCAACCGAUUCUUCUGGAGUUGGAGGCGCCACUGAAGAUUUGCGGUGACAUCCACGGACAAUAUUAUGACCUUUUGCGUCUGUUCGAGUACGGUGGAUUUCCCCCGGAGUCGAACUACUUGUUCCUCGGUGACUACGUCGACCGUGGCAAGCAGUCCCUGGAGACAAUAUGCCUUCUGUUGGCCUAUAAGAUUAAAUAUUCGGAGAACUUUUUCUUACUGCGCGGUAACCAUGAAUGCGCCAGUAUUAACCGCAUCUACGGGUUCUACGACGAGUGCAAGCGUCGGUACACUAUUAAACUGUGGAAGACGUUCACGGACUGCUUCAACUGUCUGCCAGUGGCGGCCAUCGUGGACGAAAAGAUAUUCUGUUGCCACGGCGGCCUGAGUCCGGAUCUUUCGUCUAUGGAGCAGAUCCGUCGUAUAAUGCGGCCCACAGAUGUACCCGACCAGGGCCUGUUAUGCGAUCUGCUCUGGUCCGAUCCAGACAAAGACACCAUGGGAUGGGGCGAGAAUGAUCGCGGUGUUAGCUUCACUUUUGGAGCUGAGGUUGUGGGUAAAUUUUUACAGAAACACGAAUUUGACCUGAUCUGCCGUGCUCAUCAGGUGGUGGAGGAUGGCUAUGAAUUCUUUGCCAAGCGUCAGCUGGUGACGCUCUUCUCAGCGCCCAACUAUUGCGGCGAGUUUGACAAUGCGGGUGCCAUGAUGUCCGUGGACGACACACUAAUGUGCUCAUUUCAGAUAUUGAAACCCGCCGAUAAGCGACGUUUUGUUUAUCCCAACUUUGGCAGCUCAGGACGUCCGUUGACACCGCCCCGCGGCGCCAACAAUAAAAACAAGAAAAAAUAAACGCAGCUCACCCCGAAGAAAGCACAAGAAUGAAAGCCCAAGAAAAUAUUACAAAACGGGAGGAAUGGGAAGGUAUUCCGAGUCCACAUCCAACGGAAGACGCAAAAGUUUGUUUUUAUCGAAUACGUGUAAUCGAAUCGUGAGCAACGUUAUAAGGGGUAUAUGAAUCUAUACAAAUUAGCCUAUUUUUAAUUUGAAAGAAACAAAAACAACAAAACACAAAUCGAAACACUUUAGUUCAAACUAAUUGUAGUGUAAGACACUGCAUAAGCAAGAAUAUUUUAUCUCCUAAUGUAUUAAUUUUGUUAUAGUUUCUCCUUGCGCAAAGCCAACACAGAAACACAGACACCCACACGCAUAGAUCACCCGUACAGUAUGUACGAAUAGUGCACGCACCGGUUGUAUUUUGUUUUGCAUUUCUUGCAUCUUGCACUGCAUUUUUUUUAAGCUUGCUUGCAAAGGCAGUAGACACUCGAAAUGCGCGACUUUUAACAAUCUUUGGCAAUGGUUUUUAACUAUUCCUAUGUUCUUCCUUUAUUUUACGUAUCUAAAAGAAAUUAGCAAAUGGUAAAAAUGUUAACUUUUACGUUAAUACACUGUACGAGAAUGCUUUUAAGAAAUGUGUGGGGAAACUACAUAUUACAUAUGUAAAGAAGCAAAGCACGAUUUAUUUUUGUAAUAUUGUCUUAGAAAUUUUACAUCGAUACAUGUUUACUUAGUUUUAAAGCGAGAAAGCAAUUUUAGUUGCAAGCUACAUAAGUUUGAAUUGUUUACACCAAAAAUAUUAAAAUAAACAAACAAUGUGUAUAUUUUUUUAA